GCCCCCCCAGGACAUCAGCCUGGAAGAGUUCGACGAUGAGGAUCUCUCGGAGAUCACCGACGACUGCGGCAUCGGCCUCAACUACGACUCCGACCACUACGAGAAGGACUGCCUGGUGCUGGAGCGCGGCGAGCAGCCGCACCCCGUCUGCACCUUCCAGGACGACUUCCAGGAGUUCGAGAUGAUCGACGACAACGAGGAGGAGGAGGAGGAGGGGGAGGAGGAGGAAGAGGAGGAGGGCAACGCGCUGGAGGCCCCCCCGUCCCCCUCGGCCUCACCCAUCCCCUCGCCCGCCCUGGAGGACACCCAGAAGCUGCGUCCCACCACGCUCAACCUGACGGCGCCCGGCACGCAGGACUCCCUUAACAACAACGGCAGCUUCCCGCCCCCCGCGCACCGCCCCACCUGGCAGGACGCCCUGCUGCACUCCUCCUCCUCCUCCUCUUCCUCACACACCGGCCGCUCCUCGCCCCACGCCUGCCUCCAGGACGCACCGUGCCUGGAGCGUGCGGUGGGGCUGAGCCCCGGGGGGGCCGUGCAAGCGCCCGCCCCACUGCUGCCGCCCCACUUCGACUCACACGGCAACAGCCGCACGUCGGUGGUGCACGGUGACCCCUCACCUGAGCGCGCCGGGGAGGAUGUGAACAUGAACGUCGUCUGCUCUGCGCCCCAACCACACUCCCCCCCGCACCGCACACCGACCGCUGAGCCGCAUCGGUCUCCGGCGGAGCAGGCUGCCCCCACCUGUGUGGCCCCACAGCGCCGCAGCCCCGAGUGCAGCGCACCAAAGCCGGGGGUAGGCAGCCCGGGGUCCCCCCAUGCCCAGCACGGCGUCCCCACACCCCACGAGCAGCCCUCGGCCGGGGGUCAUAGGGGGUGCAGCGAGGGGCUGGGGUCCCGCACAGAGCCGCUGAGCUCCGAUGGGGAGGGCCCCCCUGGCAGCGCACACAGCCGCCCCACGGGCUCCUCUGAGACCACGUCGCCGUCCUCCGACCCUGGCAUCGAGGCCGACAUGACCCGCCGCACCGCCAAGGGGUUCCCGCCCGGCGCCCGGCACCAGGGGCUGAGCUCGCCCGGCUCUGACUCGGAUGUGGAGGGGGAGAUGGAGGCCUUUGGCGGGCGCCUGCUCAGCAACAUGAUCUCCUCCAUCUCGGAGACGGAGCUGGACCUGAGCAGUGCCAGCAGCAGCGGCCGCUCCUCGCACCUCACCAAUUCCAUCGAGGAGGCGAGCUCACCCGGCUCGGAGGGAGAGCUGGAGCCGGAGCUGGAGGCACCCGGCGUGAUGGGCAUCAAGGGCGCGCUGCUGCGGGAUGCAGGCAGGGAGGAGCAAGAGGUGCUGGAGCAGCGGGGCAGCCCGGCUGAGCUGAAGACAGAGGGAUACUACGACAGCCUGAACCCCACUGACCCCUCAGUGCCCCCCGAGCACACCGACGUGCCCUCCCCCGACGCCCUGCACCUGGAGCUUGACCCUGACCAUGGCCUGGAGAGCGUGCGGCGCUCCUUCUACCUGCCCGUGGGGCCCCCGCUGCUGCCCGCAGCUGACGACGAUGACAACAGCGAGUACGACUCCGACUCGGAGUCGGAGCCCGACCUGAGUGAGGACUCAGACUCACCAUGGCUGCUCAGCAACCUGGUGAACAAGAUGAUCUCGGAGGGCUCCUACCCCAUCAAGUGCCCCGACGAGUGCUUCCAGCAGCAACACUCGCUCUGCGACACCAUAUCCCCAGCAUCCGACCUGGAGCCUGAGCUGAGCGAGGCACUUGAUGCUGAGCCCUCUGGCCCCGAGGGACUGCCCCACACCCCGCGCCCCAUUGAGCUGGUGGACAUGGAGACGCUGCGCAGCUCCCUGCAGCGUGCUGAGGACCAGCAGGCGCUGGGGGCUGGAAUGGAGCCGCCAUUGGAGCCGAAUGCCGACGAGCCAGGGCCGUUCCUCUUCCUGAGCAACCCCACCCAUGACACCAUCGCCCCCGUCUUCCCGGGCCGCCCCGUCUCCAUCGAGCGGUUGGGCGGCAGCGGGGACACCGCCGCCAGCGGCCGCCGCGGUCCCGGCAGCACCGCGGACAGCGCCCUCAGCACCAAGGACAGCGCGCUCAGCACCAAGGACAGCGCCUUCAGCACCACGGACAGCGCCUUCAGCACCAAGGACAGCGCCGCCGAGCAGACCCCGCGAUCGGGCGCCCUGGAGGACGGCGACAUGAUCGACGCUGUCCGGUUAGAGCCGGGGGGGCAGGACCCCGCUGCCCUGGACGUCUCCACCGCCAAGACCAACCGCUGCUUCACCGUGGCCUACGGGACGGAAGAGGACGCGGUGCCCCACCUGCGGGGAUCGCUGUUCCCCGAGGAGCUGCCGCCUGCCCUCGAGGCGCUGGAGCCGCGGGACGAGUCGCUGGCGUACGACGCGGUGAAGUACACGCUGGUGGUGGACGAGCACACACAGCUGGAGCUGGUGAGCCUGCGGCGCUGCACUUCGGUGCUGAGCGACGAUAGCGACCUGCUGCGGGCCUGUGAGCGCUGCGAGCUGGAGGAGGACGAGGCGAAUUUCGGUGACGGGCUGGCGGCCCCUGACGUGCACAGUUCUUCCGAGGACUCCUCCCCAGAGGCCGACCUGCAGUUCUCCAAAAAGUUCCUCAAUGUCUUUGUCAACAGCACCUCCCGCUCCUCCAGCACAGAGUCCUUCGGGCUGUUCUCCUGCAUGGUGAAUGGGGAGGAGCGUGAGCAGACCCACCGUGCCGUGUUCAGGUUCAUCCCACGCCAUGAGGAUGAGCUGGAGCUGGAUGUGGACGACCCCAUCCUGGUGGAGCUGGAAGAGGAUGACUACUGGUACCGCGGCUACAACAUGCGGACGGGAGAGAGGGGCAUCUUCCCCGCAUUCUAUGCCCAUGAGGUCAUUGGUCAUGCCAGGGACGUCAUCGGUCUGAAGAGGAACCCAUGCUGGGUGGAGCGCUUCAAUGUGCAGUUCCUGGGCUCGGUGGAAGUGCCCUACCACCAAGGCAACGGCAUCCUCUGCGCAGCCAUGCAGAAGAUUGCCACCACCAGGAAGCUGACAGUGCACCUGCGCCCACCAGCCAGCUGCGACCUGGAGAUCACGCUGCAGGGCAUCAAGCUCAUCCUGACAGUCAACGAGUACAGCCGGGAUGAGGAGUUUGAGCGCUGCAGUCACUUCUUCCAGAUGAAGAACAUCUCCUUCUGUGGGUGCCACCCCCGGAACAGCUGCUACUUCGGGUUCAUCACCAAGCACCCGGUGCUGAGCCGCUUCGCCUGCCACGUCUUCGUCUCCCAGGAAUCCAUGCGGCACGUCGCCGAGUGCGUCGGCCGUGCGUUUCAGGAAUAUUACCAGGAGCACCUGGAGUACGCCUGCCCCACAGAGGACAUUUACCUGGAGUAAGGGGGCGAGUGGUGGGGGGUCUCCUGCUCCCACACCCCCCAGAGACUCUGUCUGACCCCACGGCAGCCGGCUUGGCCCCUCCCGCACACGCUCCCACUCACGGAGUCACCGCGCAUUCUCACUGCUUCCCGGGGGCUGGGG